ACCUCGGAGCGCGUCUUUGCCGCGGGCUCUGCGCUCUUGACUCUCUUUAUUAUUAUUUUUUUUUUCUUUUCGGGGUUUCGCUUCACGCGCCGCGUUGCCGGGUUCGUGUCCCGGCUCCGGGUCCUCCAGCCCUGUCCUCGCGGCGCGGCGGCUCGUGCAGUAAUCAGCGGCGAUGCGUCUCAUCCAGAACAUGUGCACCAUCGCCGAGUACCCGGCCCCGGGCAGCGCCGCCGCCGCCGCCGCCGCCGAGGGCUGCCUGGGGGCCGCGGGCCGUCGGCUAGUCAAGAUCGCCGUGGUGGGAGCCAGCGGCGUGGGCAAGACCGCUCUGGUGGUUCGGUUCCUCACCAAACGGUUCAUCGGGGACUACGAGAGAAAUGCAGGAAACCUCUAUACCAGACAGGUCCAGAUAGAAGGUGAAACCUUGGCUAUUCAAGUUCAAGACACUCCAGGUAUUCAGAUCCACGAGAACGGCCUGAGCUGCAACGAGCAGCUGAACCGGUGCAUCCGCUGGGCAGAUGCUGUGGUCAUCGUGUUCUCCAUCACCGACCACAAGAGCUACGAACUCAUAGGCCAGCUCCACCAGCACGUCCAGCAGCUCCACCUGGGCACGCGGCUGCCCGUGGUGGUGGUGGCCAACAAGGCUGACCUGUUGCACAUCAAGCAGGUUGACCCGCAGCUCGGACUGCAGCUGGCCGGCGUGCUAGGCUGCUCCUUCUAUGAGGUGUCCGUCAGCGAGAACUACAACGACGUCUACAACGCCUUCCACAUCUUGUGCAAAGAAGUGAGCCACAAACAGCAGCCCAGCGGCACCCCUGAGAGGCGAAGGACCUCCCUCAUUCCCAGGCCCAAGUCACCCAACAUGCAGGACCUCAAGAGGAGGUUCAAGCAAGCUCUUUCUGCCAAAGUGAGGACUGUCACGUCCGUGUGAAGUGUGGCCGCGCAGGGGGCGGGGUCUGGUCUUCGGGGAAUAGAGCCUAAGGUUCUUGCAGUGCGGGGACCCCCUCUUCGAUGCUGCUGGUGGUAGUUCGUGGUUCCUGAAAGGGCUGGGGCACAGGGGCCCUGGGUGGCCCAUGGAACUGCUGCGUAAAAGGAAGUAUGUGGAGCAGGGUGACAGAUGGACCAGGCUUGAAUGAGCCCGUCAAGCCAUUCCCUGGACAUGUGGCAGGUCCCCUGCCCUGUCCUUCAGAGUGGGGCGGGGCGGACUCCGUUGGGGUUCAGUUCUGACUCCCUUGUACAGUGGUGGUCAGCGUGUCCGAGUAUGUUGAUGGGAUUUAGGGUGAGGAUGGAAGACCACAUCAAGUGCUCACAAGAUUUUUCUCCUAGUCUUUCUUCGUUUCUGUUUUCCCACCCUUUCCAGCCCUAAGAAUACCUGAUUUCUUGAAAAAAACAGGAGUACUCUCUACCCCAAGAAGUUGAGUUGGGGCCAAAAUACUCUUGUGUACAGACACCUGUGAACUGUGGCCCACAGGAAGGUGCUGAACCUCCCUGUGUGGGAAGGGUGUGCCCAGCGGGACAUGCGCUGGGUAGCUGUGACAGAAACCUCACCCCCAGGCUGCCCAAUUGUGAGACUGUACAGUUCUGUGUCCUUUUUUAAACUGUUGCACCAGGUACAGGAACGUGUUGAUCAAUUGUCGUGUGAUUGUGUAAAUGGCUCAUGGCAGUGAUGUUGGGUUCCAAAAGCCUGGCUGAGUCGUGGCUAUGGGUGACCCAUCUACACAGACGCUGUCUAGAUGCAGGGCUACCCGCCAAAUCCCUACACAGAUGCACUUUAAAAAGCCAUUCAUGCUUUGGCUUCAACUGUAAUUAAUUUAUUUCAUGUACAAUAAAUCUCAUUUGAUAAGAGCAGA